AAUAGAAAAAGUUAAAAGCAUCUUUAAAGAAUUAAAAAUAUAAUUCUUCUUUAUUUCGUAAAUAAAUAUAUAUUUAGUAUUUUUAUGCCAUUGAAAAAUAUUUUUAUGCCAUCACAUACAGUAUAUAUACAACAUUUAAAAUUGAAUAAAAUCAUUUCCCCGUGUUUUAACAAGAUGGGAGAUAAAAAUUACGUUCCUUGGACACCUGACAACGAAGAAGAAGAAACUCUUCAUUUGACAAAUUUAUCAGAAGCAAAUUUUGAUACGAAUGAGAAAAAAAAUAAUACUACUAACGUUAUAAAAUAUGCAGAAACUUGUGCAUUAAAGUCAAAAAAAUCAGCUUUUAAAAUAUAUAAGAAGCAUGAUUCUGAUAUCUUUGAAAAUAAAAGUAUCGAAUUUAAUAGAACAAAAUAUUCUUUACCACAGUGUAGUAGUAUAGAAUAUUCGUCAUCUAGUAAUACCCAAUAUUUUUUGCCUGAACGUAGUAAUGUACAAUAUACUUUGCCUGAACAUAGUAAUAUUUCUAGUACUACUCAGUAUUAUUCAGUCGGAUCAAAUGAUCUUUUACUUGGAUCGAAUGAAUAUUUUGAUACAUCUAAACCCAGUACAUCAAAAGAUAUCCAAUACUCUUUACCUGAACCCAGCACAGAUAUCCAACACUCUUUACCUGGACCCAACACAGAUAUCCAAUACUCUUUACCUGGACCCAGUACAUCAAAAGAUGUCCAAUACUCUUUACCUGGACCCAAUACAGAUAUCCAAUACUCUUUACCUGGACCUAGCACAUCAAAAGAUAUCCAAUACUCUUUACCUGGACCCAGCACAUCAAAAGAUAUCCAAUAUUCUUUACCUGAACCCAGCACAGAUAUCCAAUACUCUUUACCUAGACCCAGUACAUCAAAAGAUACCCAAUACUCUUUACCUGGACAAGAUAUUCAAUAUUCAUUUGAUCCUAAUGCAGUUAAUAUAGUUUUUAAAAAUUAUAUAUCAUCAAUUGUUAAUAAAACAAAUUUUAAUACUUCUAAAUCAAAUACUAGUGGAGGAUGUAUAGUUUCAGUAACAAAUGCUAAAAAUAUGCAUCUUGAAGGAUUUGCUAUAGAAACUGAUAUUGAUACAAAAGUAAUAAAACAAAAGAUAAACGAAACAGAAAUGGAAGGUCUUAUUUUUAGAUUUCGAUAUGUAUUUAAAGUUUUAUGGAAUGGUGUUUUAUACAAUGUUAAUGACUUUUUACCCAUUCUUAGCGAAUUUCCAUGGAUAACAAAAAAUGAUGAACCAUUACUAAAAAAUCCAUCUUUACUCUCUUAUAUGACAAAUAAAAAUAGAACUUUAAAACACGAUUUAGGACUUUUGUAUAGAAUUGGAACUUAUGUUGAUAAAUAUAUUACUAAACAAGCUGUCUUAAACCAAUUAUUUCCAAAUCUUGAAAAAACGGAUCAUGCAAAAUUUGUACAACUUAUGAAAUUAUAAAUAUCUGUGACUUUUGAAACUUGUAA